AUUGGAAAAAAUUGAGAACCACUAACUUAUACCUAAACGAAGAGAAAGAGGAAGGAAGGUGGUACUGAAGUAGCAUGAUUCGUUCCUGACAUUGAAGAAAAUGGGUGUCGACAGGACUAAACCAAGAUAUUUGAAUAAAAUUCUAUUAUCAUAGUAUAAUAUGCAUUAGAUUUCGUCACUCUUCUCUCUUAUUAGUUAUUAUAUAAAAGUCUUUCAUAAUUCAUGAAAUUUUUCCUUAAUAUCAAUAUAGGUUAUAAUAACGUUUCUUCGGAUAUAUUAAAUAAAAUCGAAAUAAAUUGAGACUUUUUUUAUUUCUAAAUGAUUGUAAAGAAUAAAGUGCAAAAUAAAUUUUGGUAUUUACUAAAAGGGUGCUCAAUCGCGCGCAAUCGCAUGAAAUAAAGUAGGGAGAGAAAGAGUAAGACAGAAAAAGAAAGAGUCAGAGAGAAAGAUAGAUAAAUGGAUUGAUAGAGAGAGAGAGAGAGAGAGAGAGAGAGAGAGAGAGAGAGAGCAAAAACGCCGGGCGUAAAGCGCAUGCGUGCGAUGAGGAAAGCACGUUUGUUGCCUUGGUUGCUGAGAAGCGCAUAGCGGGCUUUGAUACGCGCGACGUUAACCGGUCAGUCGGUUUUGCUGCUACUAUUCUUCGCUGUACCAAGUACGUGACUCUUCUUUUCCUUUCUAAGAAAUAAUAUUUACGAAAGAAAUUGAUGACGAGCAUGGCAACAUCAAGAAAGACCAGAUCUUAUAUACCCACGGACAUUGAUUCAAUUGUAAGAAUGACGUGGGAUGAGAAUAAGGAUAGUGAUCAGAUGAAGAACAGUUUAACCUCGUACGAUGACACGUUGAUAAACGGCAAAAGCAACGGUUAUACCGUAAUGCGGAGCAACGGACACGCACGAUUUUCCAAGAAUCAAAGAAGAACUGAUAUAAAGGAACAAUCAAGAUUGAAAGAAUCGUUUGAGAAAGUUCCAUUUAUAACCGCAGCACUCACACACCUUGGUUUUUACAUUCUUAUGAUUUUAGGUUUCAUAAAUCAAUUAUUCUUUAUACCAAAAGUGGCUCAAGAACAAAAUCGACAGGGUUAUGCGCCACUUUAUGAAAAUUUUGAAAAGUUUUAUCUCUUAUAUGUCUACAGAAGAGUAAGAGAUUGUUGGAAUAGACCAAUAUGUUCUGUUCCAGGUGCGAUGGUUACAUUAAAAGAUCGUGUCACUCAUGAUUAUGGAUGGACAUUCCAGUUUACUGGAUCUGAAAGAUCUUGUAUAAAUUUAGGAUCUUACAAUUAUCUAGGCUUUGCAGAAUCAAGCGGAGCAUGUGCGGAACAAUCUAUCAUGGUUCUCCAAAAGUUAGGUUGUACCAGUUGUAGUACUCGACUUGAAUUAGGAAAUGCACCUAUCCAUGAAGAACUAGAAAAAUUAACAGCUUCAUUUUUGGGAGUUGAAGAUGCUAUAGUAUUUGGGAUGGGUUUUGCAACGAAUUCAUUAAAUUUGCCAUCCCUUGUCAGCAAAGGCUGUUUGGUACUUAGUGAUGAGAAAAAUCAUGCGUCACUCAUUCUUGGAUUACGAUUGUCAGGAGCAACAAUACGUGUUUUUCACCAUAACAAUGUAAAGCAUUUGGAGGAUCAUUUAAAAAAAGCAAUAGUUUAUGGUCAACCUGGAAAUGGUGAACCAUGGAAGAAAAUAAUUAUAGUAGUUGAGGGUAUUUAUUCGAUGGAAGGAUCAAUAGUCCACCUUCCUGAAAUAUUGGAACUGAAAAAAAAGUACAAAGCCUAUCUUUACGUGGACGAGGCUCAUAGUAUAGGGGCAAUAGGAAAUCAUGGACGAGGAGUUUGUGAUUAUUAUAAUAUAGAUCCACGGGAAGUCGACAUACUUAUGGGAACAUUUACGAAAAGUUUUGGAUCUGCUGGCGGAUAUAUAGCUGGAACAAAGACUUUAAUAAAUUAUUUACGGGUACAUGGUCAUGCUCAUACUUAUGCAAUUGCAAUGUCACCUCCCGUCGCCCAACAAAUUAUCGCAUCUAUGAGAAUCAUCUCGGGCGAGGAUGGUACUGAUGCUGGAAAGAAACGUAUCAAACAAUUGGCAAGAAAUGUCAGAUACUUUAGACGUAGACUAAAUCAAAUUGGAGUUAUCAUUUAUGGAAAUGAAGAUUCGCCGGUAGCGCCGAUGCUAGUAUAUUUAUUUUCUAAAAUUUGGACGGUAGUACGUAGUUUUACAAAAUAUAAUAUAGCAACAGUCGGUGUUGGAUUUCCUGCAACACCUCUAAUGGCAGGAAGAAUACGUUUUUGCCUUUCUGCUUCGCACACGAAGGAACAAUUAGAUCAUGUAUUAUUACACGUUGAAAAACUAGCUGAUAAAUUAGGACUCAGGUAUUCGCGCAAACCCCGUGAUCCAAAUCCUAUAGAAUAUUAUUCCGAUAGUGAAACGGAAUGACCUACCUCAUAGCUUAGUAAAUCUUCAAUUAGUUUAGUUUUCUUUCUUUCCAAGAUAUUAGGAUAUCUCUAAAAGCUUUAAAGCAACAACAAUAUAUCUUUAUAUAAGGCUUGUAUGAUAUACCAAAAAUGAAAAAUGUAAGUAUUAGGUCACUUAGGUUACGAAACUUAAGAUAUCAAUUGACAAGCAUUCUUUUAGUCCAAAUCCACAAAAUCAAUUUAAAUAAAUAAGAAUUUUUAAUCGCUA